GUCGUUUGAUGGAAGUUGAGACGUGUUUUGUACGGUUCUUAAAAUACAAAAUUUAAAAACAAAAAAAACAACAACAGUGACAGUAAAGAAUUGUAAAUAUACCCCAAUCUUCUUUAUCUUUAUGUGCAUAAAUUUGGAACAAUUAAGAAAGUGAUCAUCAAAGAUUAAAACUUUAAUAGAUUACACAAAAUUGGUGUUUGGAAUUAUAAUGUUCGAAAUAUAAAUACUCUGUGAUUUUUAUUGGUGAAUUUAAAUGAAGUGAUGUGGUUCGUGUUGCCAGCGUUGUUUUUGUUAUGGCUGCUCGAGUACUUCCGCCGGAAACAGACGGCUGGCAUGUCGCACUCUUGCGUGAAAAUGAGCGGUCGGUUAGCUGUCGAGAGUUGGUGGGCGGGGCACGCGAUGCCGGCGGCGGGCGGGCGCGCCAACAACGGCGCCCUCGCACUGCACUAUGCCGCCGCAAGGGGCUGCCUCGAUUGUGUUCGUCUGCUCACAAAUACUACUCCAGAUGCCUCUGCAAACACAGCGAUGGAUAAUGACGUGACGCCGGUAUACCUGGCCGCGCAGGAAGGUCAUCUUGCAGUGCUGAAGUACUUGGUCUUGGAGGCCGGGGGGCGAUUGGACGCGAGAGCCAGAGAUGGCAUGCUUCCGAUACACGCUGCCGCCCAGACCGGCUGCCUCGACUGUGUCAAAUGGAUGAUUAUAGAGCGCGGCGUUGACCCGAACGCGAGGGAUGGAGACGGUGCGACUCCUCUUCAUUUCGCAGCUUCGAGGGGUCAUCUCAGUACCGUUCGCUGGUUACUGAGACACGGAGCCAGACUCCAUCUGGACAGGCACGGCAAGAGCCCUAUUAAUGAUGCCGCAGAAAAUCAUCACUUGGAAUGCCUGAACGUGCUGGUCGCGGCUGGCGCCGCCGGAGCUGACAGCAAACAGCUCUCCUCGUAUAAAUCCAUCCACUCCUGCGCUUGCACGCCUGGGGAUGCGCGGUGCGCGUUACCGAACUGCGUUAACGCGAUCAGCACUCGGUCCCCAUUUUACCUCCACGGCCCGGAGAGGGAGCGCCCCGCGACCCAGGACAGGCGGGGGUCUCUACCCUCCACGGGUGGCUCCGUUAGCUCAGCGCGCUCCGGGCCCGCCGACGGACUCUACGUCAACCCCAUGCAACGAGCCACUUCUACCAACGUCGUACACCAUACGUCUUCCGGAGAAGAUAGUUCAGGCUGUUCAGCAUCCGAGGCAGACACGGCUAACUCCGGAGGCUGGUUCCUUCACGGCAGCAACAACGGUAGCACCGGUGCUCCUGCCGCUUUGUACCAGCGCGUCAGAGAGCUGUUUCAUUCGCGCUCUCCUGGCCCGAGGGUCCCGGCUGAAGGACAGGAAGCUCCCACGAUGACAGUUAAAGCAGAAGUGCACGGCACGGCAGAAGUGACAACGGUCCAAGAACAAUCCGACAGCGACAGUGGCGCUGAAGCGAAUAAGAGGGAUCAUCAUCAUUAUGAAGAUAUUUACCUGCCUCGAGAAGAGAAUCAGAGGAGAAGGAGUAGUUCUCGGGACUCUGGAAGUCACAGUCGCCCCGGCAGCGCGGCUCUCCUCGUGGACUACGACUCCAAAGAUAGCAACGACAGCAAGACAUACGAGGAAGUUUCGCCGGUUGCGGAAGCUCCAGCCAAGUCGACGAUGGCCACGAAGCUCGCGGCGCUCACGCACAAAGCUCAGAGCUUCGCGAGCCGCAUAUCGUCAGCGGCCGGCAGCCGGCGCGCGUCCGUGUCCGACGAAGCAACCGUAGUCCAAGCCUCUGCAUCGUCAGGAGUGUCAUCCGGAGGCAGCUCGGGGGAUGAGGCGCCACCCCCGCCGCCACCGCCCCCCGCCCCACCUGCGCCCCCUCCCCCCGCCGUGCUGGAGGAACACGCUAUACGACCGUCGGAAUUCAAAGCUAGGAUCGCGGGACGACGCGCCUCUGCAGACGACGAGCGACCGCGCGGACCCAACCUCGUCAACAAGCAGCCCGCGCUACCAUUCGUGCCGCCAGCCUUCCCGCACAACGCGCCCGACCGCCUCAUCAAACCCUCCGAGUACUUGAAAACAAUCACGGCGCCCUGCAAGCGGGACGAGGGCGCGGCGGAGGGCCGGCCUCCUCCGCCGCCGCCCGUGCCCGAGGAUGCACCCCCGCCUCCGCCCCUCGCGCCCCAACCCCUCGCGGCCAUCAGCAGCGCCGACCUCUCCGCCGUCCGGCUGCGGACCCCGGCCACCAAGACCAUGUCCGCACCGCCCCCGACCAGGUCCCUCAGCCUGCAGUGUAUACCCAGCGCGGCUGAGAACUACCGUAGCGCUAAGACCGAUCUGAUAGAGGAGCUCAAAAUGUCGAAGGACAUCAGCGGGAUCAAGAAGCUGAAGGUGGAGCGAGCGCGCCGCGAGAGCCUCCAAGAUAAGGAGACCUUCACAGAAUUCACGAAGAGGUUCACCGCGGAGAACUUUGUGGAUCAGGGGUGUCCGCAGGUGCCGGAAAGGGACGCGGCAGGUAACGUGAUUCCGGCUUGGAAGCGGCAGAUGAUGGCGCGGAGAGCUGCCGAGAAGGCUCGGAAGGAUUUAGAGAAGGAACUGGCUGAUGAGGCCGAGAGGCGAAGAGCUGCCUCCGUGCCCGCGUGGAAGAGACAGUUGCUGCAGCGGAGGGAGGAGGCGGAGAGUCGAUUGAGACAAACAUUAUAUACGCCGAAAGUCGAGGAAACAAACGGUCACUCGAACGGCGAGUGGCGGCCCUAUCCCAACGGCACCAGGGCUGUCUCCAUCGACAACAUCUCGCUUUGCUACGACGCGCCGCCGCCGCCGCGAGCGCCCUCUGAAGCUAAACUCUCCACUGAAAACUGCAAUGGUCACUCGAUGUCGAACGGCAAACGCGACGAGGAAGACGAAAAGGCCAAGAUAAUACCGUGGCGCGCACAGCUACGCAAAACCAACAGCAAACUGAACCUACUAGAAUAGACUUCGCUUGUAAACUAACUUAUUUUAGCCUAAGCAAAGAUGUCCCAGCCCGCGGCGGAGCGUUGCGCGACUGAGACGGAUAGAGACUGCCGUCUCGUUCUCUCUCGCUGCAUAGCUCGACAUCGCCAGCCGCGCUGUGUGUGGCGGCCCUUACAAUACUAUGGUUGUCACUGCACAAUUAUAUUGUUCGUCAUUUAAAUUAGUGAUAAUUAAUUAAUUCAUUUAAUGGUCGAUAUCGUUAAAGUUUUAAUUAUGUUUACGAAUGUCUUGCGCACAACGCAUGUAAAAAAUGGAUUGUAGGUAUUUUCGAUUGAUUUUAUUUAUUUAACACUAACGAUGUUUUAGAUUUUCCUACUGAAUUUUCGUAUGUAUCUUUUUAGAUUCGGAUACGUACUUUAAAUUUAGUUUUACGAAAAUUAAAUAAGGAAAAUAUCAUUUGUAGAGUAAAGUAAUUUUAUAGGUACUUAUUUUUACUGUAGUCAUGUAAAAAUGUAAAUCUACUUAUAUAUUUAAGUGUUUCGAGAUUUUAGAACUUAGUUUUUUUUUUACGAUAAAAAAUAAAUCAUUUUAAAUGACGUGUGUCUUUUAAUGAUCAAGGAGGUUCAAGAGGACCAGAGUGGUCUAAGUUAAAGUCACGCGGACUCAGCGUGAAGUGUGCUCAUUAGUUAACAUUUGGCAGCUUGAUAGCUGAGGCUGCUUGCUACUGAUCCGUUUGCUAUUUGGCCGUUAAAAAAUAACCAUAAACACUCGGUUGCUUUUGGAUCUUGAGUAAACGACUAAAUAUACGAUUCAUUUAAGAAUACAAUUUAAUAAGUUGAAUAUGGAUUUGAAUACUGACGUCACUGUUCAGUAUAUCUAACAUAAAAUUUAAACGAUUAUAAAUUCUUUGAAUUUUUCUCUUCAUUUAAAUGUUGGGGUUUAUUUUAUUGAUUCGAAUAAUUUUAAAUCUCCCAACCAGUUUUGAUGGAAAUUUUAGUCCGCUCUGGUCCUCAUACGCCGAGCCGUGUUUUAAGUUUUUAUAUUUAUGUAAUGCAAGUGAUACCAUUGUUGCAAUAUUAGGUAUAUAUUUUAUAAUUAUAAUAACAGUGGGGCUUUUGCAAUUAGCGUACGAACCUACAUAGAAUUUCGAGUGAAUUGUUUUCGAAAAAAAUCUGAUAUUAUAAUGAUGUUGAAUAAAAUGCUGUUGCUUAUU